AUAGCUCAUUCCUCCCACGCCGCGGGCGGCACCGGGCCGGAGCCGUGGCUCGCCGAGCACGGCGACUUCUCCCGCGUGUUCCUGGCCGGGGCCAGCGCGGGGGGCACCAUCGCGCACGUCGUGGCGGCGCGCGCUGGCGGGCAAGGCGCCGGCGGGCUCGGGAUGCGCGUCAGGGGCCUCCUGAUCGUGCACCCCUACUUCAGCGGCGCGGCGGACAUCGGUGACGAGGGGGCGGCGGGGAAGAAGCGCAAGGCGCGCGCCGACGCGUUCUGGCGGUUCCUGUACCCGGGCUCCCCCGGGCUCGACGACCCGCUGUCCAACCCGUUCUCGGAGGCCGCCGGCGGGAGCGCGGCGCGGGUCGCGGCGGAGCGCGUCCUUGUCUGCGUCGCCGAGAAGGACGAUCUCCGCGACAGGGGCGUCUGGUACUACGAGAACCUCAAGGCCAGCGGAUACCCGGGUGAGGUGGAGCUGCUCGAGGCCCGGAUCCAGGGGGAAGGGGCGUCGAGCGGCGGAGGCGGCGCCUAG